GGCAGGUUUCAAAAUGUCACACUUUUAAUUUUGAAACUGACAUUUAGAGAAAAAUUGCUCACUUUUAGAGAAAAGCUGCAUCUUUGUAAUCUUGAAAGUGGGUAUGUUGUAGAAAUAGAAGUUGCCUAUGGUCCUGCAAAGUAGCUGAUUUUUAGUUUGCUGAAAGCCGAUAAUUCAGUUUGCAAUUUCAGGUAUGUUGGGAUCACAGUAUUGGGUAUGAUCAUUAUCUUAUAUCUGACAAAUCAGAAUUAGAAACCAUUUCACCUCCCUACCCAACCACAAACUUCCAUAAAAUCCUGGCCUGCAGGCAUAAAGCCCACAGAUAAUUCUGAAUAACUGGCAUAAAGCCUACAGGUAACUUGGGAGUCCUUUUCUUUCUUAUACUUGUAUUUUUGUUUCUGGGUAACUUUUAAGUGUAUGAUUUGGGGAGUUUAAUACCCAUUUGAGGUAAUACAGUUCUUUGGCAAUUUUUCACCAAAAUGGAAUUGCAGAGGAAGAUUUGCAGAGAAAUAGUAAAACUACCAUACAUACUUCAAAUACAAGUUAUGGAGUUCCUCUGAACUAGCUGCAUUAUCUUCGCCAGAGAAACAUUUCUGCUAGGAUCCGAAUUGUGACGCGCGGUUGUAUUUUGUUGUACAGGCAGGCAGAUUUGUUUUGGUAUCUGUGGAAGUUGCAAGUUUGACAGUUACAAUAACUCAUUUAAUCAUGAAUGUAUUCUGUUGAGGGAGGGGUAUGCAUGCAACCUAAUGAGAGGCAACGUAAUCGUCUUCACAAUGCCUGAUGAUAAUUCCAAUUCCUCUCUACAGUAGUUCGCAAAAUAAAUAGAACAGGUAGCAACAGUCCUACUGGAAAUACUUGGAUCAAAAGCAAAAAGCGGAUUAGGCAGUACCCGUGAAAGAAAGUGGACGGUCGAUGUCUCGGGUUCAGAUCCUAACGCUCGCUUUCUCCUAUCGUAUGUGAACACGGGGCGGGGAUCAGAGCGAUGUCUGUGGAAAUGGGGUGCAGACGGGCCUCAGUCAAACGCGAACAGCAGACGGUUGAACCAAGGCCUGAAGUCGGCGAGCUCACCGUGACGGCAACUCGGAGGAGAGCGCGCGCCCCUGCGUCACGAACUGUUUGUGUUCAAACUCGGCAGCGCGUGGAACAUUGUCAGCAUUUGGCCGCAGCGGCCAGUGCGUUUAACAGAGGCUCGCGGUUCUUCGUGUUACAAGUAUCGAUGGUUGGAUAUGGCUUCUAUAAUUCUGAAAGUUUCAGAUGGAAAUCAGAACGUUGUUCUCAAUACUAAAACUGCAAAAGAAUCGGGUGCUAUUAAUUUAUCUCAGAAUAAUACUUUGGAUGAUGCAGGGGAUCUUCCAAUACCUUCUAAUGGGAAUGACAAGGCUUGUAACAAGAAACCAGAAUGCUAUUUGAAUCAGAGGAUGACACAUACAAGAAAAGUCAAGCUGAAGAGGAAGAGUACAUUGGACAGUUUAGGGAUCAAAAGAAAAGUGGAAAAUGAGGAAAAAUGCAUCAACAAAAAAGAACCAAAAAUUGUUGAACAUCAGAAUCCACCAGCCACGCACUCACUUAGUCGUGUACCCUUAAAAAGUGUAAUGGAUGUUGAAAUGAAAUUGGUUUAUGUUGAUGAACAACAAAUAAUGUAUGAAUUUAUAGAAUCCCUAGAAUGCAGAAGUGCUCAGUCGGCAUGUGAAGUCACCAAAUCAGGAGAAUCUGUAAAUUCCUGUGCUUUAAAUUUGGCACCUCAGAUGGAUAAAUGGCUUGCCAAAGCUUUAAAGGAUGCAAGCUUUUACUACCACCAGAAAAAGUAUUCAGUAGCAGCAGGACGAUUCAAAACAGCAUUAGAGCUUUGUAGCAAAGGUGCUGUUCUGGGAAACCUGUUUUAUGCAUCUUAUGAAAAGAUUUCGAGCAUUGCCAGUUUCAUCGAAACCAAACUUGUAACUUGUUAUCUGCGUAUGAGGAGACCAGACCUAGCUCUGAAUCAUGCUCACAGGAGCAUUUUACUGAAUCCAAUUAACUUCCGUAAUCACCUUCGUCAAGCUACAGUCUUCCGUUGUUUGGAACGAUAUACUGAAGCUGCAAGAAGUGCUAUGAUUGCUGAUUACAUUUAUUGGCUACAUGGAGCAAAGGAACAGAACAUCAGCAAACACGUCAAGCUAUAUUGGCAGGCAAUGUUGGAAGAAGGUAUCACACAAGCUGAAACAUUUUCAGUUAUGUACACACCAAUUGCAGUGAAACCAACUGCGGUACAAAUAGAAAAAAUAAAAGAGGUUUUCAGGAACAAACAUCCUUCUUAUGCCAGCUACCUUUAUGCAGAUCCUGGUACAAAUCAUAUCCUGCCUCAGACUGUUGACUGGUCUGAAGCCUUCACACAGCAUUACAUGUUGUUACUUGGUUUCAAGAAUCCAGAGGAUGGAAACUUUUUGGAGAAGAUCAUAAGUAGAAGGUCACCAACAUUCACAGAAUCUAGGACACCAUUUUGGUCACUGACUGUAAAAGAAGUUGAGAAGAACAUGGAUAUCCUUGGGAGGAGGAUCCUGCCAGUUUUAGAUUUUACACUGUGCACUAAAUUAGCUGGAGGGAUUUGUCCAGGUGUCGGUGUGCUUGAGAAACUACAGUAUGCCAGUUAUCUGAGUCAGCUAAAACGAAUGAAGGAGCAAGCACAAGUGAUUAACCAAACUAUUGCAGAAUUAGCCACCAUGCCCUAUCUGCACGAAAUGAGUCAACAUGAAGUUGAAUUGCUGCAUUCAUUAAUGACCGAUGCUGUUGAUACUCUUGAAGGAAACAAAACCAGUGGAGAAUGUGUUUGGAGCAAAACUGAAAAGGUUGGACUAAUUGAAGAACUUAUCUAUCAAUUGGAAGAUAAUUUUCUGAAAUCAAAAGCUCUGAAAACAGCUCGAAAACAAAGAAAAGUAAAGAAGCUGAAAAUCCAAAAUAUUGUUCCAUUGCCUGGUGAUAUGAACGAAUGCAGAGGAACAAAAUCCAUGGCAAAGACAACAAUACCAUCAUCAAUGGAAAGAUGAGACAUCAUCUCACCUCUUCCUACUUUUCAGACUUCCAUUAUUGUAUCAAAGAAGCUUGAACAUUGUAUUGG